CCACCAUGCCCAGCUAAUUUUUUGUAUUUUUAGUAGAGACGGGGUUUCACACAUUUGUAAUUUUUGUAGAGAUGGAGGCUCACCAUGUUGGCCAGGCUGGUCUUGAACUGCUGACCUCAGGUGAUCCGCCUCCCUUGGCCUCCCAAAGUCCUGGGAUCAGAGGCGUGAGCCAUCGUGCCCAGCCAGCCUUGUUCUUAGGAAGACCAGGUCUAUGGAAUCUAGGGUUGCAUUGUCAUAUUUGCAGAAUUAAUUAAUUAAUGAGGUGUCUGGGGGGAGAGAGAGUUCACACAUGACAAAACCUCAAUGAGUUUUGAAUCUAGGUGAAGGGUAUAUGAAUGUUUGUUGUGCUAUUUUGCAGCCCUUCUGUGGAUUUGUUUUUUCUAACUAAAAAGUUCAGGAAAUACCUACAAGGAUAUACUGGACCAUGUUCAAAGUGGUUAAAUCCAGGUAAUGGAAUUACAGGCAAUUUUUCUUUCUCUUUUCCUGUAUUGAUUGGGCCAGAGCAUGUACAAAAUUUAGUAAGAAAUCUUUUUUUCCUUUUCAAAAACAUUUCAUAUUUUAGCUUAAAAAUGGAAGAGUUGGGAGUGACUGCAGGUGGUAAAAUAAAUAAAUAAAUAAAAAGGCCCAGGCAAGAGGAUCACUUGAGCCUGGGAGGUCAAGGUUGCAGUGAGCCACGAUCUCAUCACUGCACUCUAGCCUGGGUGACAGAGCUAGACCCUGUCUCAAAAGAAAAAGGUCCAGUGGCUCAUGCCUAUAAUCCCAGCUCUUUGGGAGGCUGAGGCAGGAGGAUCACUAGGUCAAGAGAUCGAGACCAGCCUGGCCAACAUGGUGAACCCCCGUCUGUACUAAAAAUACAAAAAUUAUCUGGGUGUGGGCAGGCACUGUAAUCCCAGUUACUCAGGAGGCUGAGGCAGGAGAAUCUCUUGAAUCUGGAAGGCAGAGUGAGCAGAGAUCGCACCACUGCACUCCAGCCUGGGCAAAAGAGUGAGACUGUCUCAAAAAAAAAGGAGAGUUCAAUGUUUUUCUAGGUGUUCAAUGUGAAGGACAAGUGAAGAGCUACGAAUCGAUCCCUGCAGACAAGAACUAACAGUCAAAUGUCUCUGCUCCAAGCAGGCUAGGGACAAGAUGGAAUGAGGGUGGGGAGGGGGGCCCUUGAGGAGUAGAAGCCAGGGUCUCCUUACUCUGCUCCCAGUACUGCCACAGCAGAGCCCUGCGAGGCCUGGGCAAUGGUAGCAGGGUCCUGAAGCCCGCGCAGGCUCUGAACUAUCUUGCUGUCCGGAAGGGGUGGGGUAAAUGUUGGGGAAAAUGCCCAGAAGCCUGGGAUCCCUAGCUGCCGCCUUCCUGCCUCCUUUGCCCCUCCCCCGUGCGGCUGGCCCUGGAGGCUGUAGGAGCUGGGGUUACCCCAUGGGGACCCUCAUGUUCUCUUCUCCCCUCCAUCUCCCUCCCCUCCCCACAAGCGUGCAACCAGCUGACCAGACUGACAGCAGGGCUGGGGGGGGCCGCCUCACAUAGGCAGCAGAGAGGCUGCCCUACUGCAAUGUCACCGUCCUCACCGCCUCUGCAGGCUGCGAACACCUACCACUACUGCAAGGGACUGAGGGGCCUUGACCUAGCAAGAACGCCAGGGCCUUGGGGCACUGUGUGAACUGGUAACGUGGCUGCCCACAUGGGCAGCAGCAUGGAGCCCCCUGAGGGUGCGUACCUGUACCUGGGCGCUGUGAUGUCCCCCGUGGGUACAGCCCGCGUGCUGCAGCUGGCCUUUGGCUGCACCACUUUCAGCCUGGUGGCCCACCGGGGCGGCUUCACGGGUGUCCAGGGUACCUUCUGCAUGGCUGCCUGGGGCUUCUGCUUUACUGUCUCUGCACUGGUGGUGGCCUGCGAGUUCACAAGGCUCCAUGGCUGCCUCCGGCUUUCCUGGGGCAACUUCACGGCUGCCUUCGCCAUGCUGGCCACCCUGCUGUGCGCCACAGCUGCGGUCCUGUAUCCGCUGUACUUCGCCCAGUGGGAGUGCCCACCCAAGCCUGCCGGAUGUGCUGCCAGGGACUUCCGCCUGGCAGCCAGCGUCUUUGCUGGACUCCUCUUCCUGGCCUACGCUGUGGAGGUGGCCCUGACACGGGCUCGGCCUGGCCAGGUGACCAGCUACAUGGCGACCAUGUCGGGGCUGCUUAAGAUCGUCCAGGCCUUUGUGGCCUGCAUCAUCUUCGGGGCACUGGUCCACGACAGCCGCUACGGGCGCUACGUGGCCACCCAGUGGUGCGUGGCCGUCUACAGCCUUUGCUUUCUGGCCACGGUGGCCGUGGUGGUCCUGAGUGUGAUGGGCCACACAGGGGGCCUGGGCUGCCCCUUUGACCGGUUGGUUGUGGUGUACACCUUCCUGGCUGUGCUCCUGUACCUCAGCGCUUCCGUGAUCUGGCCAGUCUUCUGUUUCGAUCCCAAGUACGGCGAGCCUGGACGGCCCCCCGACUGCGCUCAAGGCAGCUGUCCCUGGGAUAGCCAGCUGGUGGUGGCCAUUUUCACUUACAUCAACCUGCUCCUGUACAUCAUCGACCUUGCCUACUCCCAGAGGAUUCGCUUUGUGCCCAGCCUGUAGCCCACAGCAGCAGCUGCCCACCUCCAUUCUCUGGCCAGCAUCUCCAGGCCCCUUGAGGGGGACUCAGGUGAAGGUGUCAAGUAGUGAGCAGAAGGGAAGCCAAGAGCUCAGGGUAGAUGAAGUGCAUUGGGAGAGGUCACUCCCCAACUUCCAGGGUGGGCUCACAGAAGGGCAGAGGGACAGGGGCUGGGUAGUAGGGCAGAGGCCCAGAGCAGAGGCAGGGAGAGCCUCCCCUUGGCCAAUCCCCAGCUCGCUCUCUCACCACUUCCCAGUGCUCCUGGAGCUCAGUGCUGGUCACUGCAACAUAGGGAAAACCUUAAAGCAGCUGCUGUUGUGACCCAUUCUGCUGCUGGGGACACAAGGCUGGAAGGAUUUGCGAGGCACCCAGUACCUCCAGUAGUGUCUGGAGACCACACUCAGGCUGGCUAAGGCAAGCCGAAAAAGGAAUGAUUUCCAGAGGAGACAAACCCAGGAGAGCACCUGGGCCAGGCAAAGGGAGGAGGGGCAUAGGGAGCCAGAACCACCUCCUGGCUCGGAGGGGCAGCUCCCAGAACCCUGGGACCAAGAGGUCUGCUUGGGGGGCUGUGCCAGCUCACAGACAAGGAGCCAGAAAUCUGGACCAGCCUCUCCCACUCAACUUUGGGAAGCCUCUGGGCUAGUGGCCACAGCCUUCGGGACCAGAGCUAAGACUGUGCUAUGGUGAAACCAGGCUGCCUCUGGUGUCCUCAGGCUGGAGGUGGCGCAGGUGGCCUGGAAGAGCCUGUAGAGGUCGGUGGCACCAAGUGCACCGUGUGCAGGGAGGAGACGGUUCUGCCUCAGCCAUGGAGCCCCACCCAGACACCCACCAUCGGCUGUGGUGAAGCAGCUUCAGCUGUGACCCAGUGGGCACCCAUGGCACUGGAGGGAGCCCGGUUGAGGGCGGCCACUGGACAGUCUGGGCACUGCUCGCCUCUGCUCAAGGGUCCAGUUGCCAGACACUCCUGACACCGGGGCUGCCACCCUCUAUGCUCCAGCCAGUUUCUCCUGCACAGAAGCCCAGCCCAGCCUGAACCAGCCUGGAGCCGACCCACUGGCCAUCCCUGAGCCCAAGCCAGAUGGGCGGUGGCACCACAGCCCCUCAGCCCAUUAACUAGGCCCAGACGUCUUUGAGCGGGAAAUAAAUGCUGAUGUUUAGACACA